UCUAAGUUUUAAUUUAUUUUUAGUAGGGUAUUUAUUAAAUAGGAAAAUUAAGAUAGUUCAUGGCUUCUUCAGCUUCCAAGUCUCCAGCCUAUGAUGAAGAAAAAGUGCUUAAUGCUGAAGAAUGGCUUACAGAAGCCUAUGGAAUCAUUAAAGAUGUAAAUGAAUGUGUAAGCAUCAUUACUGUCAGUGCAAUUCCUGCCACGGACUCCUGCGUGCACCUGAACCUCACAACCCUAGAGCUGCAAGACUACACCAUAGAGCUGUCAGCUGCUGGAUUCAGAGUAGUGGGAAGAAGCCACAACGAGAAAACACUUCCCUCAGAUACCUAUUUUGAGACUCCAUAUGCACUGCUAAACAACCUGAGCCCAGCGUAUGGGGAACGCUUCUGCAGCAUUGUUAGUGCCAAGCUAGAGGCCAUGGCCGCUCAACAACUCGACCAUUCAUAAAAACGUCUGC